AUGAGGCUGAAUUUCAGCGAGCCACCAACUCCGACCUUGAGUCGUCAAAACACCACCGUUUUCGGCCAUCAUCAACGGCGCGGCACCCAUCCUCACCGACUGUCCUCGCGCGCAAAGCCAAGACGAUGGCCACUAGUAUUCAGAUUCAUCAAAGGAGCAAUCCACGGGGCAAUCCUACUCCCCGUCUUCUUACAUGCAGUAUUCACUGCCUUGAUCGUGUAUCUAGACACCUAUGUCUUCGACACAGUUGGUCUACCGAGCACGAUCAUUCCCUCCCUGUCAAUAGUAGUAGGCCUAAUGCUCGUCUUCCGCAACCAAACAUCCUACAACCGCUUCUGGGACGGACGCAACGGAAUGAACGCACUAAACACCUGUGUCCGCAAUCUAGUCCGUACAAUCGCAACAAAUAGCUACAACUCCAAGCGCGGGCCCCCAACCGCACCAGAGCGCGAAGACAUCGAGCGUACAAUCCGCAUCCUCAUGGCCAUCCCCUACGCCGUGAAAAACCACCUCCGCGCGGAAUGGGGAGCCGCGUGGGUGUUUGGUAGUUCCAUUGCCGAUGAUUUGAACCAUCGUGGUGGGACCUUGUAUAACCCCGAAUACGCGAACCUGUUACCGGCUGGGUUGGAAGGCCAUGAGGAUGAGGGCUUGGGUCUUCCGUUUCAGUUGACUUUCUUCAUUGACGGUUUUAUUAAGCGUGGCGAGGAGCGUGGCUGGUUUCCAGCUCCUGGGGCUAGUCAGAUGCAGGCGCAGUUGAAUACUUUGACUGAUGCUUAUGGACGCAUGGAGACUAUUAAGUUGACUCCAAUGCCGGUGGCUCAUCUGAUUCAUCAGAAGCAAGUGCUUGCGCUAUUUGGUUGUGUUUUGCCAUUUGCUAUGGUUGACGAGAUGGGAUGGUGGGCAAUUCCCAUUGUCAGUCUGGUUAUUUUCACGCUUUAUGGCAUCGAGGGGAUUGGUUCUCAGUUGGAGGAUCCCUUUGGCUAUGACCGGAACGAUAUCAAGAUGGACGCCCUUGCUGGUGACUCUAAGACUGAAAUUGAUGUUGUUUUGUCCGAGUGGCGGACUCAUUCGAAAGCUAUGGAUGCUUUGAGACAUCAGCCUGCUGGUGCUUAUCAUGGUGAUCUGUGUUUGACGCCUAAUCGAAAUGAUGGUACCAAUGGGGAUGGAGAUGACAAUGCCGAGCAACUCAAAGCAAAAUUCCCAAACAACCACCGCUUGAAACUCGUGGAAGCCAAUAUCUACGACAGAGAAUCCUUGCUCAAAGCAUUCAAUAAUUCUUAUGGCGUGUUCGCCGCAGUGAAUGAUCGACUUCCCGGACAGAAGAUCGAGACUGAGCAAGAUAUGGACCACGAACUUGAGGCUGGUCGUAAUAUUCUGGAUGCUGCUAAGGCUUGCAAUGUGCAACAUUUUGUGAUGAGUAGCUUGCCCAAUCUGACAGAGGCUAGUAAGGGUCAGUUCAGCAAGGUCUUUCACUUUGACAAUAAGUCGAAGAUUGAGGAUUGGGCGAGACGCGAGCUUCCGGCUGUGACUUCGUUGCAUCCUGGACUGUUUUAUACCAAUAUGCAAUGGCCGCAAUAUUGUCGACAGGAAGAAAAUGGAAUUGUGCGGUUCUUUGCCCCCGUAGAAGGACACAAACUCGCCGAUUGGGUUGACCCAAGAUAUGACAUUGGGGUAUAUGCCGCAAAAAUCUUUUCCCUCGGCCCGGAGAAGACACUAUCAAAGACAUACCCGGUCGUCGGUCCAAAGCUGACAUUUGCAGAGUUUGCAAAGAUCUUCACAGAAAGGACUGGACGGGAGGCUGUCUUUGAUCCUAUUACACUUGACCAGUGGGGUGCGACUGUGGCUUCUACCGUGGGCAAAGGGUAUGAGGAGGAUAUUAGACAGAUGAUGCAGUGGAUUUCUGUUGCUCCAGACGAGAAGGGCUAG